AUGUACUUCAGGUAUCAAUGCAGUAACGGAUUUAAUUUUUUAAACAGCGGUGUAUGCUAUUCUAUAGUGGUUGCACUCGUGGUAACCUAUACGCUUGUUUACAUUUAUAAAUGCAAUGCACCUAAUCUCGGUCAACCUCUAAGAUGGGACUGCUCCUCCAACAAUUUGCAACUAAAUCAAAUCAAUCAAACCAAAGUGUUUCUUGGGAUAUUUUCAACAAGAGAUAAACUGAUGCGCCGAGAGAUGAUUCGCGAAACUUACCUUCAACAUCGACCUGAUAAUAUGGAAUAUAAAUUUAUUAUUGUUGCCCAAGACACGCUUGAACUACAAGAAGAAAUAAGCACCUAUGAUGACAUACUGCUUGUAAAGAUGGAAAAAGAAAAUAUGAAUGCUGGAAAGACAUACGAGUUCUUUAAAAUGAUGGCAGGGUUAAAGAGAUACAGUGAUUUUGAUUUUGUUUUGAAAGCAGAUGAUGAUGCCUAUUUACAUUUGGAUCGAAUUCAAUUUGAUUUAGCACACACAAAUAGGAAUAUGUCCUAUUGGGGAUAUCUCGUGGGUAACACAUUCAUGGCUGGACAAUGUUAUGGGUUAUCAAUGGAUCUUGUCAAAUGGGUAGCGAAUUCAACCCUGACUCAAAAAUAUAAAGCAGGACAUGAAGAUUCUCAAGUGCAAAAAUGGUUUCUUUGGUCCAAUAUCAACGAUCAAAUACGAUACGAAGUACGAAACUGUAGAAUACAUGAUCAUAUAAACUCUGGAUCAGUUUAUGCAAAGGAUAUCGAUAUAAACAGUUCAAUGGUGGUACAUCACUUGAAGAAAGAUCAUUUUUUUAUGAGAACUCAUUUUGAUCUAUCACCAACCUACAGAUAAAAGUAAAAUAAAAGUAAAAAAAAAUUCAUCUUUGUAUUUUAAUACCCCACUCUGAAGGUUUAUCAACUAUGUUUGACUUUAAAGUGAAGCGCAGAUAGUUUCAUAUUUACACAACUGCUGUCUAUAUUAGAGAAGAAAUUUAUACAUGACAUUGACUUAUGCUGAGUUAAAGAAAACACCGUUUGCUGACGUUUUUGGUUAUAUAUUUAAGCUUGUUUCGAGAAGACAAGUAAUUACAAAAAAGAAGCAUACAUUAGUUCCAAGCACAGAUAGGGUAAGCAGC